CGACGGUUCCGUGGAGGCAGCAGGCCGCGAGUGUCUUCAGGUAAAGAAUAAAUAUAUAAGCAACACACAGAGUAGCUAAGACAAUGGCCUCAAGGAAGAAAAAAAAUGGAAUACCAGACAGAUGGCUGGACUACCAACCCGUGGGGAGAAGAAUUACAGGGACACGCUUUAUUGUCUUCAAAGUUCCCUUGAAGCCCUCUUUGUGUCUCCAUGUCCCAGAAUCUGAUGCCUUUGGUCACUGGGAGCUGCUGGACACUUUGAAAAAAGAGAACCAGGAACUUGGUCUUAUCAUAGACCUGACUUUCACCAAGCGGUACUACAAGCUGCAGGACAUACCACAGUCCUGGUGCUAUGUAAAGAUCCUCACGGCGGGUCAUGAAGUACCCAACAACGAGACCAUCCUGAGCUUCAAACGUGCUGUACGCCACUUCCUACGGGAAAACCCUGACAACGACAAGCUGAUUGGAGUCCACUGCACACACGGCCUGAACCGCUCAGGCUACCUGGUCUGCAGGUACCUGAUAGAUGUGGAGGGGUAUAAUCCCAAAGAGGCUGUGCGCCUGUUUAACUCCGCCAGGGGACACUCCAUUGAGAGACAGAACUACCUGAAAGACUUGCACCUGGGGCCGAUCAGGAGCAACCAGGGUAUGGAAGAGACUGAAGAGGAGCCAUUGAGAGGCCUGGCUGCAGAUAGGCCGUGCAGCGCUCCCAUUCCCUAUUACCCCAGAGGGGGUGAGUGCUACAGCCAGAGCACUUACAGAGAGGGUGGGUGCUACAGCCAGAGCACUGUCAGUCAGAGUGGAAUCUUCCAUCAGCUUCCACGGGGGGGCCUCCAUUCCCCUCCGGUCUUGAUGCCAUACAGAAUGGGCGCUCCUCUUUUCCCAUACCAGUGGAGGAGGCCAGAGGAUAUCCCACACAGAGAGCCGCCUCCUGGGCCACAGGGUAACUCAUCAAUCUUCCGCCCCGAGGAGCAGAUAAGGAGUGCUCCUAACCCCUUCCUCCAUCAAUACACCCCCCAUGACCCCAAUACCCAGUACCUAUCUCAGAGGAGGGGUCGAAGAGGGAGACAGCGACACAAUUAUUAAGACAAAGGGUCUGAUCUUAGAUGAUUCUGGAUGAAGCACAGGUCUGUGCGCGCUCACUGGAUGUGAUGCAGGGUGACAGAUUUCUGAUUUAAUAGAUUUUAUUUCUAAGUGUAAUUGGGGAAGGGGUGGCGGGUCUAUGUCAAAGACGGACUGUUUACACCCAGUUGUUGCUGUCUCCACCAGUUUUCUCUUCUACAUUUUCAUGGCAGUUCUGCUUCAGACAAAAGACAUCGGCGUGGGUUAGACUCAGUGUCACAUCAUAAGCCAGUUACCAACAUUGACCACCAUGUUUUAAAAAGUCAGACGAGAAUUUGAUUUACUUAACAGGAAAAUGAUCAGACAUGAUGUAUGUGAUAAUAUAACUACACUUUUGCUUUUGUUUUAUAUUAAAUCAUUUUGUUGCUC